AUGUUCACAGCGGAAGUCAACCCUUCUCAUAUUGAAAUAUUAAGCCAUACAGAACAAUGCGUCGUCUGUGGUGAUGCCGCCGACGGAUUCCAUUACGGUGUUCGGUCAUGUCGAGGCUGCAAUGCGUUUUUUCGGAGAGCGGUCACUUUCAACAUGUCCUUCACGUGUCGGAGGGGUGGACGGUGUCCUGUUGAUAAAAAUGCUCGGUGUGCCUGUCGUGCUUGUCGGUUAGCCAAGUGUUACGCAGUGGGAAUGGAUAAGAAGGCAGUGCAACCAAAACGAGAAGUGACCACUUCAAUGAGUGGGUCGUUCGAUACAAAUGAUACAGAUUAUGACCUCCGGUUAGGUGGAACUAGGACGUCGCCGAAUUAUGAGCUUAGCGAUAUGACAUCUCCUGGAUCUGCGUUCACUCCUCUCAACAUAAAUCUGGCAGACUUCACACCCGCGAUACCUCCGUCACCUCCAAGUGAUUGCUCAUUAAUCACAAGACAAGUAUUUGAUUUCUCUGAGCAGAAACGGAGGAGAAGAGCUAUGCUGUGUGGAUCAUUGGAGGAAAUUCUAUCGGAACAAGACAUGGUGUUACGAUCCCCGGCGUCCUCUGAAGAUUUCACAACUAUAUUCCAAGCACAAAUGGUACUGAUGUUUGAAUGGGUGGAAAAGUUACCAGAGUUUCGAAUGCUAUGUGACCACAAUGAUAAGACCAAACUACUACGAGCGUUCGCUUUGAAGUACAUGUUGCUAGACAAUGUUUACCACACAUACGAGCUGGGGUACCGAGAUAGGUUAGUACUCGUCAACAAUAACUUCAUUGUACCCGGUAAUCCAGUUAAUUUCAAAGGUACUGAUGUUGUGGAUGAAACUUUAAUCAGGGAAAUAAUGUUUGGUAACCGAAUGCUGUCAUUAAUAACCGAAUUGGUACAUCCGAUAAGUAGCCAGAACAUGACCUAUGGAGAGAUAAUGACAAUACGAAGAGUGAUGUUCUGGAAUCCUGGGAAUGUGCAGUUGUCGGAUAUGGCAAGAGCACUAGCCGCAGAGGCUUGUAACGUAGCGAUGAAGGAACUGCAGCAGUACUUGUCAUCUGAAGGAGUCGACGAUAUAGAUGCAAGGAUACAAUUUCUGCUUUUGCUAGUUCCAGCAUUCACUACGCAUCACAAAACAAUGUAUGAUAUUGUACGGUUGAUACCUUCGUUUGGAAAAAUGAGCGAUUGGAAUAAUUUCAUGGACGAUGUACUAAAUGGAGUGUGA